CAGAUUCUAGCUGUCAUACAAGCCGGGAACCAAAGCCCAGCACUACUACUAGCUGCAUAGAGCUGAGCUUGUUGGCUAUUAGACACCCAGCGCUUAGCUUGCUGCAGUAGCCAUCAGAGGCAAAGGCAUGGACGCGAUCAGCAGCCUGAUGCUGCAGGAGGGGUGGAGGAAGGGGCCAUGGACGGCGCUGGAGGACAGGCUGCUCACCGAGUACGUGCAGCAGCACGGCGAGGGCAGCUGGAACUCUGUCGCCAAGCUCACAGGGCUGCGGCGGAGCGGGAAGAGCUGCCGGCUGCGGUGGGUGAACUACCUCCGGCCGGACCUGAAGCGGGGCAAGAUCACCCCCGACGAGGAGACCGUCAUCCUCCAGCUGCACGCCAUGCUCGGCAACAGGUGGUCGGCGAUCGCGCGGUGCCUGCCGGGGAGGACGGACAACGAGAUCAAGAACUACUGGCGGACCCACUUCAAGAAGGCCCGGCCGUCGCGCCGCGCCCGGGCGCAGCUGCUCUACCAGUACCAGCUCCAGCAGCAGGAGCAGCGCCGCCAGUAUCUCCAGAGCCUUCACCUCCUGCAGCAACAGCAGAGCCAGCAGCAGAGCCAGCAGCUUCUGAUGGGCCAGCAGCAGGAGCAGCAGAGCCCGCCGGAGCCCGACCACCAGUCGGCCGUGAUGGCGGCGAUGGUGAACAACCUGCAGGGCACGGAGUGCUCCUGCAGCCCGGCGUCGACGGCCGAGCACUGCACGAUCCCGGACGACGACGACGCGCUGCUGUGGGAUAGCCUCUGGAGGCUGGUCGACGGCAAUGGCUGCGGCGACGGCUCCAGCGGUGGCGAGUACUAGCCGGCGAGCUCGUACGUGUACCAUGUGUGUGUGUGCCAGUGUAAAGGGAAGGGAAGAGGAGGUACUGAAUGUUUCAGACUUUCAGUUGCAGCAAGGUCGAUACUGCUAGCAGUAGUUGUAGUAGAGCCUUGAAAUAGAAGAAGAGUUUCUUUUUCUGUUGCUAAUUUCCAAUGCGCAUAGGUGAUCAUGCUUCAUGUUUUUAUUUUUACCCACGAGCGAUGAGAAAAGUGGCAUUGUAUGAAGAAGCCUCUGUUUAUCUAGUCCCGUUACAAGGCUGCAAUAGCAUCAUGUAAUUUUUGGUUUU